CAUGUUGGUCAUGUGCGGCUGUGCAGCUGUCCACUUUCAAAUAUGGGCAUGGUAAAAAUGGCACCCUUUGACGUGACAGCAAUAGCUGCUAAAAACAGAACUGACAACAGCUAGAUAGGAGCCCGCAGCCCCCAGGACGAGAGCAGCAGGCCUCCAAAGCCUGACUCCGGCCUACACAACACGGCUUACACCAAACGGAUCUGUAUUCCUCACAUUACCUUGGGAUCUUUUCUUAUUUGUGUUGUUUUGUGUCCUGCUACAACAACAACAAAAAGUGCUGGUCGACAAUGAACACCAUGGAUAACCUGGAGAAACAGCUGAUUUGUCCCAUAUGCCUGGAGAUGUUUACAAAGCCGGUGGUCAUCCUGCCCUGCCAGCACAACCUCUGCAGAAAAUGUGCCAACGACGUUUUCCAGGCCUCAAACCCAUAUCUUCCAACGAGAGGUGGCUCGCUGACGUCUGGCGGCCGCUUCCGAUGCCCGUCCUGCAGACACGAGGUGGUUCUGGACCGCCACGGUGUCUACGGGCUGCAGAGGAACCUGCUGGUGGAGAACAUCAUUGACAUGUUCAAGCAGGAGUCCAGCAGCAGCAGCAAGCCGGCGCCCGAGAGAAAGGAAGAAACGCCCAUGUGUGACGUCCAUGAAGAAGAAAAGAUCAACAUUUACUGUGUGACCCACGGCGUGCCCACGUGCUCCAUGUGUAAGGUAUUUGGAGCUCACAAAGACUGCGAGGUGGCGGCCAUCACCAGCGUCUACCAGUCAAAGAAGGCGGAGCUGAGUGACGGAAUUGCCAUGAUGGUGGGCAACAACGACAGAAUGCAAGGCAUCGUCAGUCAGCUAGAGGAGGCCUGUCGCGCCAUAGAGGAGAAUGGUCGGAGGCAGAAGACGCUGGUGUGCGAGAGGUUCGACCAGCUUUACUCCAUCCUGGAGGAAAAGAAGACGGAGAUGAGUCAGAAGGUGACCGUCGAGCAGGAGGAGAAGCUGAACUACAUCCGCGGCCUGACCAGGAAGUACGGAGACCAUCUGGAGGAGAGCUGUAAGAUGGUGGAGUUGGGUAUUCAAACUAUGGAGGAGCCAGAAAUGGCUUUAUUUCUACAGAACACAAAGCCUCUCCUCAAAAAGCUUGCAGAAGCAUCCAAUACAGCGCACUUGGACAAAGUUGAGCGCGGCUACGAGAAUAUGGAUCAUUACACCGUCGACUUCAAGAAGGAGGGCCUGGCCCUGCGCAGCCUGGACUUCCUCCAAGAUGACGAAGACGAGGACGAAGAGGACGAGGACGGAGAAGCCAGCGCGGAGGAAGGCGAUGGGGCCCCGGUUGUUUCUGCGGCCGCCCCCGCCUCCGUCAAACCCGCCGCCCCGCAGCCGAGUCCUUCCUCCCCGAGCGCCGCCUCGUCCUAGCCGUCGACCCGGCACAGAAAACACUUUAGCACGAUAACCUCUGCUCCCAGAUGUCAAUGACGGGUCAGUCGUGAUCCUGCCCCCCCCCCUUGUUACCGGAUUGGGGAGCAGGUGACAGAUUUAGAUCCGUGCCGAAGGGAAACUGUGAGUUGCAGAGGUAUCGAGCAGAGACAGAAGUUUCCCUCCGUUGCCUCACUCAUAUUGUGACUACAUCUCGGCGUGCGUCACUGCACGCUGACGCGUCUGAUAUGUUUUUUGUCAGGUCGAACGCACAUUUUGGCACCUUUCUUUCUUCUUCUUUUUUGACGUACUGAAUGACAAGCAGGCUAUGGGCGGUCGUUACCAGGAUUCAUAUAUUUUUAUUUUGUAGCUGACCUUUUGCGAUUCACUAGUUAAACUAAAUAUUUAGCCAGCGUGAUGAAAGGGUCCCGGUCGUACUCAUUUUUUAAAAAUCUGGUAAAACUUUAUGAGUCGGGGAGAAGAGUAAAAAUCUGUCACUGUGACAUUUCAGUGUUUCAUACACUUAACAGCCUGUAUUGUGUGUUGAAUGCUUUUUUCUGUGUAAACCAGGUACGCCUUCCUACAUAGACAAAACAUCACGUUUUGAUGUGUAACUGUGUAAUAUAUUACAAUUCUCAAUCAAACUGAGCUGUACAAACGCCUGACGUAUUGUUGUCUCACAAAAUCUGAAUCAAUAAAAACACAGCUGUCAUUA